AUGAUGCCUCUGAUUUGGAGGCAUUACCAAACAGACCAAGCGUUCAUUGGUCACAGGCAAAGGAGCUUGAUUUGUAAAGCCGUCAAACAAAAUAGGGCACAGUCGGUUAAAUUGCAAAGGCGUCGUGAGUCAUCGGGCCAGUGCGAGGUCAACAGAAUAUUUCAGGAGUUAUUGAGUACACUUCACCAAAUAGCGCCACCGUCGACAAUAGCAAAACACCUAAAAUGUUUGAAACACAAGUGGAAUUACUGUGAGGUCCCCUCGUGUCCCCGUGCCGUCUCCGGUGGACCAGCCUUCCCCUACGUGUUCCUGACUCUCUGCCUGAUCGCUCUUUCUCUCAGCAUCGUCAUUUACGUCUACCGAAAGGGGUGUGGCGGCAGGAGGUCGCCUUUCCUCAAUCGACUGUCGACGAUCGCCAUGGCGUGGAGGAAGAGAACGUCCAGUGAACCCUCUCUUCUUGCAGACAACGUCACCCUCAACAGUGAUCUGGUUUCAGGCGAUGCAACACAACAGACUGUGUGA